AUGGAGUUGCUUUUCCAACUCCAAGCCAUUGGUGUUCUACUACUAGCUCUACCUCUCUUCUACUAUCUAUGGAUCAGAAAAGCUACCUUCGUUAACAAAAGUAAGGCCACAGAGGCCCCAGAGCCACCGGGAGCAUGGCCUAUAAUCGGCCAUCUCCUUCAGGUAACAACCCCUCACCCCCUUUGUCGAACACUUGCAGCCAUGGCCGACAAGUAUGGACCAGCCUUCACCGUCCGAUUUGGUAUCCAUCGAACACUCGUCAUCAGCAACUGGGAGUUGGCCAAGGAGUGCUUCACCAUAAACGAUAAGGCUCUUUCAAGCCGUCCAAGGAGUGCCUCAAGCAACCACUUGAGCUAUGAUUAUGCAAUGUUCGCUUUCGCACCCUAUGGACCUUACUGGCGUGAAGUACGCAAGUGGGUGGUUCUCGAGCUACUCUCGAACCGCCGGCUCGAGUCACUCAAGCAAGUUCGAUAUGUAGAGAUUGACAAUUUUAUUAAGGAUCUAUAUGGGCUUUGUGUGAAAAACAACAGGAAUCAGAUUAAGGUCGAAAUGAAUCGACUUUUUGGAGAUCUAACCAUCAAUAUUGCUCUAAAGAUGUUAGUGGGGAAAAGAUAUUUCAGUGUUGUCCAUGCCGAGACCAACGAAGAGGUCCAGAGGAUCCAAACUACCAUACAUGAUUUCCUUAAAUUCAUAGGUAUCUCGGUUGCAUCAGAUGUGCUUCCAAGCUUCCUAUCAUGGUUGGAUUGGGAUGGGAAACAAAGGGCAAUGAAGAAGUUUGCUAAGGAGUUGGACGUGCUUGCUGAGAGCUGGCUCCAAGAGCAUCGGCAAAAGAGAUUAUCCGGGAAGGCUGAUGAUGAUGAUGACCAAGAUUUCAUGGAUGUGAUGCUUUCAAUUCUUGAAAAAGAUUCUCAAUUAUACGGCCAUGAUGGUGAUUCAAUAGUGAAGGCGACUGUACUGAAUUUGAUCUUAGCUGCGACAGAUACCACUUCAAUAUCCCUUUCAUGGCUCCUUUCUUUGUUACUAAACAACAAGAAAGCCUUAACAAAAGCUCAAGAAGAAUUGGAUUUUCAAGUUGGAAAAGAUAGGAAUGUGGAAGAAAAAGACAUUGAUAACCUUGUGUAUCUCCAAGCAAUAAUUAAAGAGACAUUUCGUCUAUACCCUGCAGCACCACUCUUAGUUCCCCAUGAAGCCAUGGAAGACUGCUCUUUAAGUGGCUUCAGAGUCCCAAAAGGAACACGUGUGUUAGUCAACGCUUGGAAGAUGCAUCGAGACCCACACGUGUGGUCAAACCCUUUGGAAUUCCAACCGGAGAGAUUUCUUACUAGCCAUACUGAUGUUGAUGUACGUGGAAAAAGCUUUGAGUUGCUUCCUUUCGGGUCGGGCAGAAGAUCAUGCCCGGGUAUCACGUUUGCCCUUCAGACUAUGAACUUGACGGUUGCCCGUUUGCUUCAUGGGUUUGAUCUACAAGCACCCUCUGAUCUUUCUGUGGAUAUGACUGAGGGCAUUAGUUUAACCCUGCCCAAGGAACUCCCAUUGGAAGUCCUCCUUAGCCCUCGUCUUCCUUCUCAUCUCUAUGAAUAAGGGCCGUGUAACUGAACACCUUUCUUCAUCCUUAAUUA